AUGUUUUUUAAUGAUAACAGAUCAAUUGAAAGUUCUAAGAAUAUUUUGCCAAACAUUGAUAAUUUUAAAUUCGAGAUGAUUAAUAAAAAUAUACUAUUAAACGAUCAGAAGUUAUUAUCAGAAAUAUUUACAAUCUUUGCAUCUUGUCAUUAUAGAAACAGUCCUAAUGAUCUUAAAAUACUACUAGAUUCGAAAAAACAAUAUGUUUUUGUUUUAAAAGAUUUACAAGGGAAUAUUUGUACAGUAAUACAGGCGGCGGUUGAAGGAGGUAUUGAUUUAAAUCAGUCAACUAAAGAAGGGAAUCUAAUUUCUUGGAUGUUAUAUAAUAUUACAAAUAAUGUUGAACUUUCUAAAUGUUAUGGUUUAAGAAUUGUAAGAAUAGCAACAAGAAUCGAAUUACAAUCAAAGGGAUAUGGAAGUAAAAUAAUGAAAGAAUUAGAGUUGUUAGUAAAAUCAGAUAUUUCUUUAAAAAUUUUUAAAAGAAAGAUUAGUUGGAUUGGAGUAUCUUUUGGAUUAAGUGAACCAUUAUUAAGAUUUUGGAACAAACUCAAUUUUUUACCUAUCAAAAUCAAUAAUAAGAUUAGUGAAAAAACAGGUGAGUUUAAUAUUAUUUGUAUAAAAGGAAUAGACAUGUCAUUUGAUGACAUAUGUAAACAAAACUUAUACAAAUUUAUAAAUCAAUGUGGUUUGUGCUAUAGAACUCUUCCAAUAAGCUUAAUUUUAACAUUUAUUUAUACUUGUAAUCAAAAACUUGAUUACAAUGAAGUUUUAACUAGUAAAGAAAUAGAGGACAUGAAUUUGGUUAUAAAGGGUGAUACCGACUUAAAUAAUUUUUUAUAUUUAAUUCCUAAGAUAACAAGGAUAUGUUUUUAUAAUAUUUAUGAUGGGAAUUUAAAUGUAAUUGAACAAGCUGUUUUAGCAGGUGUUGGUUUACAAAUGAAAAGUAUUAAUGAAGUUGCCAAAGAAAUUAAUUAUUCUUCAAUGGGAAUAAUCCGGCUAUUUCAAGAAAUUUUUAAGAAAAUACUUAAAAAAUAA